ACCCAUCCCGCAUCCUCAUCCCUAACUAUCCCAUACGACUCCGAGCAUGACCUCCACCCCAACACCGGUACCCAACCCCGACGGCCGCCUCGCCCUCCAAUUCGGCGCCGGCAACAUCGGACGCGGCUUCAUCGGCCCUCUGCUCUCCGAAUCCGGGUACCACAUCAUCUUCGCGGACGUGAACGCGUCUUUGAUCUCCUCUAUCAAUGCGACGCAUUCCUACGUGCUCACCAUCCUCGAAUCAGGCGCGGAUAUCACACAGACGAUCGAGAAUGUUUCCGGCGUUCUUUCCAGCGGUGACGGCGAGGAAGUGAUCAAGGUGUUCGAGGAUCCGAAGUUGGAUAUCGUGACGACGGCGGUGGGGCCUGUGGUGUUGAAGAAAGUCGCACCGGUGAUCGCGCGGGGUCUGCAGGCGAGGAGGAGGAAGUUGGGGGAAAGUGGGCCGGUGAAUGUGAUUGCGUGUGAGAAUAUGGUGCAGCAGACGGCGACGCUGCGGAGGUACGUGUUUGAGCAUCUGGAAGAUGAGGAGGAUCGGGCGUGGGUUAGUGAGAAUGUUGGAUUCGCGAACUGCUCUGUCGACCGCAUCGUCCCCCCCGCAACCCCCUCGCACCCCUCCACCCCUGCUGACUCCCUCUCGCCCACCCGCUCCUCCACCCCCCUCCCUCUCUCCUCCACCAACACACUCUCCCCUCUCACCGGCACACAACCCCAAACCCCCCUUGGCGUCCGCGUCGAAGGCUACUACGAAUGGAUCGUCGACCAACGUUCCCUCAAACCUACCCCAAUGGCUGUAACGAUCCCCUCCCUCAAAUCCACCUCCAACCUCGCCGGCUACCUCGAGCGCAAACUCUUCACGCUCAACACCGGGCACGCCAUAACCUCCUACCUCGGUUUCAUCCUGGGCUACACCACCAUCGACGCCGCGAUUCGUGACGAGAGGGUGUAUGAGACCGUGAAGGGUGCGUUGGAAGAGAGCGGGGCUACGUUGGUGCGGAAGUAUGGGUUUGAGCCUGGACAUCAUUCGCGGUAUAUAUUGCGUAUCAUCCAUCGGUUCGAGAAUCCGAAACUGGGCGACGAAGUGACACGCGUUGGGAGGCAGCCGCUGCGUAAACUGGGGAAAGGCGAUAGAUUGAUGGGGCCGGUGAAGUAUGCGCUCGAGUACGGAUUGGGCUGGGAUAAUCUGGCGAAGGGGAUCGCGGCGGCGUUUAUGUUUGAGGCGGAGGGGGACGAGGAGAGUGUCGAGUUGAGGGGGAAGGUGGAGAGGCUGGGGAUCGAGGGCGCGGUGGAGGAGGUGUUGGGGUUCAAGCAAGGGACAGAGGAAAAUAAGAAGGUUGUUGGGGCGUAUGAGGAGUUGAAGACGUGGAGGAAGUAGAAUUGUGAAGAAGAGGAAUACAUGGAUUGUAGUUUUAUAGUUUGGAAUGUAGCCCUGCGCCUCUUUGUUUUCAUUAGAUAGAUGUAACCCCCGUAUGUAGUACAGAAUAAUAAUCAAGCCUGUCCUCUCAUCUCUUUCCGUUACCAUGCAAUACUACAGUGAUUCGC